AUAGCACCCAUUGGUUUUAUACCGAGAAAUCUCAAAACACGUGCUUGGUUGAGCCGAAAGAUCAACUGAGCAAGAAGUAUCGUGUAAUUAUUGUCUAAUCAGGCGAAAUAGGUGUACGCCCGCGGUUUACUCGAGUAUAAUUUUAGGGUUUUUGGACGGCCCCGUGAUUUUUUUCUAUUGUUUUUAAUUGUCCUAUUUAGUUUUCGGGUAAUUUGAUCUCAACCGGUCCGUCUGACUUAUUGGACUUUGCGACGGUGUUCGGUGAUUUUUUUUGUUACGGGCUUAUCAUAUCAUCGACGAGACUUUUGUUUAUGUGUAUAACUCUUGGAGAACAUUUAUUGACUCGAAUUGACCUUUAAGGUUCGUCUAUAAAAGUUCAACCUGGGAGCCACAUCCGGACCCGUCCCGAGUCCGGGCGGGUUUUCGCCAGUCAUUUCCGCCGCAAAAACGCUUUCCCUCAGGGAAUCGUCCUGCGCCGAGAGCCUCUGGAAGAUGCCUCACAAAGAAGAAGAUCUAAUGGGGCACACGAUGGGACAAAAUACGAUAUUUGGAUGUUCCUCGGCAGGGCACAGCGGUAUAAAUCAACUUGGAGGUGUAUAUGUGAACGGUAGGCCCCUACCAGACUCUACGAGACAAAAGAUUGUCGAAUUGGCACAUUCCGGUGCCAGACCGUGUGAUAUUUCACGAAUUUUACAAGUUUCCAAUGGCUGUGUUUCUAAAAUACUAGGAAGGUACUACGAAACCGGUUCAAUAAAACCAAGGGCAAUCGGAGGCUCAAAACCUAGGGUAGCUACCCAGCCGGUAGUACAAAAAAUCGCCGAAUUUAAAAGGGAAUGCCCGUCGAUAUUUGCGUGGGAAAUCAGAGACCGAUUGCUUAGCGAGGGGGUGUGCAAUAAUGAUAAUAUUCCCAGCGUUUCAUCCAUAAAUCGCGUACUCCGAAACUUGGCGAGCCAAAAGGAACAACAAGCGUCGGCCCAGAACGAGUCAGUUUACGACAAAUUACGGAUGUUUAAUGGACAGGCGCCCGGAUGGGCCUGGUAUCCUGGAACCCCUACUGCGCCCCAUCUUGGAUUGCAUCCAGCUCCCACGCUGGCCUCCCAGAUUACUCGGGACGAGAUCCAGAAAAGAGACAUAAUUCACGAGAACACCUCAGAUGGAAACUCCGAACACAAUUCGUCCGGUGACGAAGAUUCCCAGCUGAGGUUACGACUAAAAAGAAAACUGCAACGAAAUCGAACGUCGUUUACAAACGAACAAAUUGACAGUCUGGAAAAAGAAUUCGAGCGGACCCAUUAUCCAGACGUCUUCGCAAGGGAACGGCUGGCCGAGAAAAUUGGAUUGCCUGAGGCACGUAUCCAGGUCUGGUUUAGUAACAGACGAGCUAAAUGGCGCCGCGAAGAAAAACUGAGAAACCAACGGCGAGCUGUCGAUCAAGUAGGCACCGUCAGUCCUCCGGUACCAACCAGCAGACUGUCCAUCAAUUCUGGAUUUAACUCAAUGUAUUCUUCGAUACCGCAACCGAUUGCCACUAUGGCUGAUACCUACAAUCCGAUGGCAGGCGGUUUAACGUCAAGCUGCCUCCAGCAACGUGAGGCCACCGGUUACCCUUACAUGUUCCACGAUCCCCUACAUUCUUUGAGUUCUUCGUAUAACUCGAGGGCGGCAGCCUGUAACCCAGCCGUCGCUCAUUCUCAGCCGACCACGCAUCCCUCGUAUGCAUCAGGGGGUGCGCCCGGAGGAACUCCGGUAUCCACCGGAACUGGUGUGAUAUCAGCAGGAGUAUCCGUUCCAGUUCAAAUUCCCUCGCAAGCCGCCGAACUCGCGACCAACUACUGGCCUCGGAUUCAGUGAUCUCAACUAUUUGGGUUUCCCACAGCAACUAGUUUGCUGAUGCAUCAGGAAACCCAGUUGCACCAUCCCGCCGGGCCGAUAUUGUCACCACCCGCCGUCAGUACCGAAAUGCCCAUUCAAAGUGGUACGCCGCCAGAGCAAGAAAGUUCUUAAAGUGGUUCUUCGGUUGAUUGUUGUAUAAAGUGAUGUAGGUGUCGAGUUGUUCGAAAAAAAUGUUUAAACUGAGUGUGGGUUCAGAGUGAAUAGGUUUGAGAAGCUGAUGCAAUGUUAUUGAUAAUUUUUUUUUCAAGUGAUGGGAGUAUGAAAUUGUAAAAGAUUUAAAAUUUACUAUGAACCACGAAACCAACUCAUUAAGGAUCGAUUUAUAAAUGUAACAAUGCCGUUCCCGGUUUCUUAAUAAAUUUAAUAAUGUGAACUUAUAGCCUCCACGUCAAGCGUUUACCCUUAAGCUAGCAUUUAACAUGACUUUGUCCGCGAUUAUAACUUAACUGAUAAGCUUAUAAAUUCGAACUUUUACUUAAAAUUAGUUCGACGGUACAUGUAUGAACUUGACAAUGUCGUUCACUGUUCUAAACAAUUGUUAAAGGUUAAACGCACAUAAUAGACUUCUGUUAACAAUUUUAGAUCUUGGAUUCGAACUUAAAAUAGCCUUUUACUGCUCGUUGUGACUUAAAAGAUGUAUUUAUAAACUUAACGAUGCAACUUAAAAACUAAAUUAGAAGAUGUCGUUCACGAUUCCCAAUAAUUAUUUACUAUAUUUCUGAUUUAAUUAACAGUCAAAUUAUUAGUCUUAAAUCCUGGCCAUUUUAAUGUAUUAUACACGCCCGGCAAUUGAACUUUUUGAGUGCGGAAUUCAAUGUAUUAACCGUCAGCAGCAAAUGCAAGUGCGGAGAGUUAAAGCUUGUUUUCCGCACCCAAGAACAACAUUUGCUGGCCGUGAAAAACUGGAAGGAGAUACUAGAAUGGGUUCAUCUAAAAAUACCAAUAAAUACCAUAUCAUUUAAAAAUCGACCUUAGUUAUAUUUUUCACAGAUAUAGUUAACUUUUUGUUUCAAACUUGGAAGAAUGUCAAACUUUAAUUUUGAAAUAAGCAUAUAUAAAGUAAUUAUGAUUUUUACUAGUAUGUUGAAAAUUAUGCGGCGUCACUAUGAAAUUUAUAAAUCAACCUUUUACGAUGUUUGUAUGGUAAAAAAAUUGUUAAUACGUGGAUACUUGUUUGACGUUGGCGUCCAAGAAAUUAGUUACUUAAGUACAGUAAAUCUGUCGAAAAAAAAAAAGCCGUUUUGACGAAAAUGUACCUACACACUUUUUUUUGCAGAAAUCUUUAAAAGAGCAUUCAAAAAGCUUAACUUGAAAUUUGUGACCUCGACGCGUACCGGAUUUUUGAAAAAACUCAAAAGUUUUUUGGAUUUCACUUAGCUCGAGAAUGGUAGGUUUUCGGAAAAAUUUGUAAGGACAAAAAAUUAUUCUCUGCAAGUCUUCUCAUUGAGUUCAUUUGCUGCGAUAAAAAUUACAAAAAAUAGAUGGCGCCAAAGUACCUACAAAAUUCAUCUAAAAAAUUUACAAAAAAAAGAAUUACAAACAACUUUAAUUAAUAAACAUGAAUUAAUAAGUAAUGACAGUUAAUUUCACUGUAAUUAUAACCACAUAAUAGUGAUAAGCGCAACAAGCUGACAGAACAAGGAUUAAUGUAAGUACAAAACAUUUUAAACGAAGAUUAUCAUGAAAGAAACAACUUCGAAUUCUUUCACAGUUUAUCAAUAAGGAAUAUUCUAACAAAAUAAUUUAUAAUUUUUUUUAAUUAUAAAUGUUAUACGACUGCGCAUGAAAAUUUUUUUAUAUCUUUUUUGACCAAUGAAGUUAAU